GUAACCGAGAGGGCUUUAUCAAUUAGUGAUAAGACAGAAGCUACCAUGCGAGUGAGGGAGGUCCCAAAGGCCUUUCAAAGGCAGUUCCACUUCCUCUAAGCUACAGGUGGUGCCACUCAACGCUCUCCACAUCGGCCAUACACCGCACACCCAAAAUGUCUUGGAAUGACUAUGUCUCUAAGCAACUAACCGGCACUGGCAAUGUUUCUCAAGGAGCAAUUGCUGGUUUAGAUGGUUCAAUCUGGGCAAUAACAGAAGGCUGGGGUGUAACUCAACAAGAAUGCCAAGCUAUUGUAACAGGGUUUGCAAAUCCCUCAGGAUUCCACCAAAGCGGGCUGAUGUGUGCAGGUGAAAGGUAUAUAUUUUUAAGUGGAAAUGACGAUGUGCUGAGGGCCAGGAAAGGAAGUAUGGGAAUUCACGUUGCAAAAACAAAUACAGCUAUUAUAUUAGCCAAGUAUGAAGAUCCCAUUCAACCAGGACAGUGUGCAGCUACUGUGGAAGCUCUUGCAGACUAUCUUAAGAGUGUCAAUUUCUAACCCAAAAACUUUUAACAAUUUAUUUUUUGUCCAUUGGAGCACCUUACUUUCUUUUUUAAUAAUAUACUAAAUUAAUGUAUCAACGCUUAUAUUUUCACUACACUGAACAUUAAAUCUUAAAAUGGCAAA